AUGUUCCGCCCCAACUCCCUCCUCCGCGCCACCCAGGGCAUCCCCGCCUCCUCCUCCGCCACCGCCACCGCCUUCCGCCCAUUAUUCGCCGCCACCCGCUCUUUCCACGCGACCUCCAGUGCUCAGCUCGCGACCCCCGUCGAGGCCAAGCCCUCCAAGAUCAAGGAGUUCAAGAUUUACCGAUGGAACCCGGAUGUGCCGAACGAAAAGCCCAAGCUCCAGAGCUACAAGGUCGACCUCUCUCAAUGUGGCCCUAUGAUGCUCGAUGCUCUGAUCAAGAUCAAGAACGAGCUUGACCCUACCCUCACUUUCCGACGAUCGUGCAGAGAAGGUAUCUGCGGGUCUUGUGCCAUGAACAUUGACGGCGUCAACACUCUUGCGUGCUUGUGCCGGAUUCCCAAGGACACCAAGACGGAGAGCAAGAUCUACCCCCUCCCCCAUAUGUAUGUGGUCAAGGACCUCGUCCCCGAUUUGACCCACUUCUAUAAACAAUACAAGUCGAUCGAGCCUUACCUCAAGAACGACAACCCCCCGGCGCAGGGAGAGUUUUUGCAGACCCAGGAGGACAGGAAGAAGCUGGACGGAAUGUACGAGUGUAUCCUGUGUGCGUGCUGCUCAACAUCUUGUCCUUCUUACUGGUGGAACCAAGAUCAAUAUCUCGGUCCGGCGGUGUUGAUGCAGGCGUACAGAUGGAUGGCCGACUCUCGAGACGCGUACGGUGCCGAACGUAAGGAGAAGAUGCAGAACACAAUGUCGCUUUACCGAUGCCACACUAUCUUCAACUGCUCGCGAACAUGUCCCAAGGGUCUCAACCCCGCUGCUGCGAUCGCCAAAAUGAAGCUCGAGAUGGCCACCAACGAGUAA